CCACCCCGGCAUCCGUAGAUCGCUGACGUCACAGGCAAGCAUGGCGGAUUGCUCCGACUGAAUGAACACAACAAAAGUGUUUGCGAAGAUUAAAAAAAAAAACUGUGAAUAUGGCGUCGUUGCAGCUGUUUUUAGGGAACCAUGUCUGAGCCGAUGACACACGCUGCUGCUGCUGCUGGCUCUCCUAAAUUCACUGAACUGUGGAGGAGCGUCUCCAAGCUCUAUCACAGCAAAACACAAGACAGGAAAACAGGACGGCAGAUGCCUGGCUGUGCAACACCACCCAUGUACAAAGAUUUGCAGAGUCCUAAGCGCCAAGGCUGCAGCAGGUACCCUGGCCUGAGUAAUGGGGAUUCUCCAGGUGAUGUCGAACCAUCACAAGACAUUUUCUGGGAUCCCACAUCUCCCACUCAAGCUAACACAGGCGUGGGACUCAGGAACACCAGAGUGGUGGAAAUAGCAGAUAUUGUCAACCGUAUUGCUCCAAAGGAUGCAAAACCCAAAGGGACUGAAUCCCCUCUGCUGCAGUGGAUCGGUGACAGUGCUGUUCCUUGCACACCAGAGAUUCCAGAGCGAAGACCCAGGAGGAAGUCCUUAAGGCAGAGCAGUGUAGAAGACCUCAUGAAACUGGCCAGGCAGUUUGAUGAGAACAUGCAACAAGACAAGGAGACUUCAGAGCUUAACAUUUUGAACCCUAAACUCAACAAAUGUGUGAGUGCUUCCGAAAUAAAACCGACAGAGACGUCAUUCCAUUCCAGCGCGAAGGACCUAAAAUGUCCAUCCUCAUCAGAUCAGGUGGAAGCAGAGCUGCACGCUCUGUUUGACUGCUCCACUCAGAGAGUCAGCGGCCCGCUAAGCCAGGGCUCCUCCGCAUCAGCCUGUUCUCAGAAAAUAAAAGACCAACCCGUGACUUCAACUUUAACUGAACCAGAACAGUCAGAGCUCAAGUCAGUCCAGAAGUCCAGCUCAGCUGCAAAUCCUGCUCAAGAAAAAGGAUCUUGUGGUUUUAGUGUGAACAACUGUGACGACUUUGAUGAUGACUGGGAGAAUGAUGACCUACUUAAUGACUCUUUUGUGCUGGCAAUGACCCAGAAUCCUGACCAGCAACAUGACGCCAACGCCAAAGUCAUUUUGCAGUCUAACACUAAGACAAGUACUACUUAUUUGACCUCUGUUUGCAAGCCUGCUGCAAAUACAAACUCUGCACAUCAGCCCUCAAACCUGCACUCCAAGCCAAGCUGCAGUGUACUCCAGGAACUGUGUCCCAAACCAAAGACUAGCAACCGAAGCACUUUCAAGUUAGACUCCAACCUUCACUUCCAGCCCAAGGUGACUGCCAAAGAGGUUUCCAAGUCCAACUUCACUGUUACACAACCUAAAUUGCAGAUGUCUGACCAGAGAUCUGCUACCACAAAGACACUGGCUACGCCACAAACUGACAAGAUCUCUAAUGAUCAGAUGGGGGCUUGUGUAUCUUCAAACUCUGUUAAAGACAUUACAGACAGCUUAUGGGACAAUGGGGACGAUGAUGCGUUGCUCUACCAGGUGUGUGACAGCGUGGAGAGGAUCUCCAACAGUCAGCCACGACAAGUGAGCCCCAGUGGCUGCCAAGAAAAACAAGAUAUUACUGUAGACAGACAGCGAAAAACCACUGCACCCCUGCCAAUCGACAGGGCCUGGCCCAUUCGCACCAGUGCCAGCACGAACAGACAGGCACCGUGUGCUUUCAUUCGUUCUAACUCAUUACCGGGGACUAGCUGUGAAACUGUGAACUACAGAGGAUGGAACAUUCCCAUGAAAGGUGCCAGCAACAAAUCACAGAUGUCUCAGAGCCUCCCAGGAAGCCGCGUGAGUCUGGGCACAUUUAACCAGUGUAGGGAUUCCUCUGGAACUUUCCAGGCUGGGAAUGCUAAUGUGGAUAUGAAGCCACAAACAGUGACAGCCAGGACACCGCAGAACUCCAAGUCCAAACACACAGCCUUCAAGAGAAAUGUAUCUGACUCAGCAGCUAUAUGCAACAAAGUUUUCGUUACAACCCAGAUGACGGGAAAGUGCUCUGCAGCCGAGAUUGAGAAGAAGAAACAGGAAGCCUUGGCCAGGAGGCGACUGCGAAUGCAGAACACCCCAAAACCAUAGAGGAGCUCCAUCCUGACUGAAGGGAUAUUAUUGUACUAUAAUAAACCUCAUCAAAACCCACUAGUGUUAAUACCUUAGUGUUAGAUCACCAGGUUUUAGAUGAUUUGCUUGGCACUCAGACAGAAAGAUCCUGUUGCCUCAAGAUAAGUGAGUACCUGUUGUCAAUCCAGAGCUGCUGGAUGUUUUUGCUGCUAAUGUAAAAACAAGCUUUACCAGAAGCGAGUUAAUGCACAGUCUCAGAUCUGGUGUUUGGAUAACAUUAAAAAGAGAUUUACUUGAGCUUUUUGCAUUUUGACUUUGAAAAAUAGCUUGAAAUAAUGCCAAAUGCUGACUAAAACUGCUCACAGUUUUCUGUUUUCUAACAUCGUCAUUUCAGCUUUCUGUACACAUUUUUACAUUUUGGAGAGAAAAUGUUUUUUGCCGAUUUUUGCUUUUCUUUAAAACUAAGUUUUUCCAGCUCAGUGUUAUUUCUGUAAUUGCAAUAUGAAGGACUGACAGAAAUAAUAACAGUGCGUUGUUGAUAUUUUCAAUCAGAAAUGGCUGUCUACACUUUACAGUGAACACUGGUAGUAGCUGCUGUGUUCCCUACUCUAUGUGUUUGAUAAGACAUACUAUGUGCCUUAAACCUUUAUUGAUGCAUAUUUAAAAUAUCUGAACAUUUCCAUAACUUUGUAAUCAAAAGAGCAGUAUCAAAAUUGGGGCCAAAUUACAUAUUUAAUAGGUGAGAAAAUAACGUCUGUUUUAUACAUGAAAAUAAGCAUGCCGUGAUUCCAGAUUUUUAUUGUUAGUAUUUCUUGCUUGUUUUGUUUUCCUCUACAUUUUGUUUGUGCAUGUCACAUUUUAAAUCCUCAGUGAGAAUCAGGUAGUAUAGUCGACAGACAGCGUUAUGCCCCCACCUAUUUUGGCACAGAUUUUUGUAAUAGCUAUGCACCUCUCAGAAAUUGUUAAUCCAAGAACAAUAAAAACAACCAUGGAAAUGUAUUUUUCAUAAUUACACAUGAUGCCUUGAUCAGCUGUGUUAUAGACUGGUGUUAUAGACAGGUGAGACAUGCUGUUGACCUCUUUGUUUCUACCUUAGUGCCUUAGAAUGUCAAAAAGAAAUUGACUCCAGCCACCGUUACUUCUCAACAAUGUGAUGGACUCUGCCGUACACAUUCCAUUAAUUCAUGUUUUAUAAUGUUUAUAUCUUGUUUGAAUAAAAAACAAAAGAUAUAAAUAUCUGAAUACAGUUGGCAGCUAAAAUAUUCUUACUGGUUUAUAACUUUCAUUUAACUGUAGUUUCAGUUGUCUAACUAUUGCCCAGAUUUUCAGGCAUCAUGUUAUUAUUCUCUAUGUUUCUGCUCUUACCUGCCAAAUCCAAAACAAAGCAAUAAAUAUCUGAGACUUUGAA